UACGUGUAUCUGAAUGUCUUCAAUUCUUUCAUUCAGAGAUGUUAUGAACACAAGCAAUAUCGAAAUGGGUUGAAGUUUUGUAAGCAGAUACUUUCCAAUCCCAAAUUUGCUGAACAUGGGGAAACUCUGGCAAUGAAAGGAUUGACUUUAAAUUGUCUUGGAAAAAAGGAGGAUGCUUAUGAUCUUGUACGAAGAGGAUUGAGAAAUGAUCUAAAGAGUCAUGUCUGCUGGCAUGUGUAUGGAUUAUUACAAAGGUCUGACAAAAAGUAUGAUGAAGCCAUCAAGUGUUACAGGAAUGCAUUAAAAUGGGACAAAGACAAUCUCCAGAUCCUGAGGGACCUCUCCCUGCUUCAAAUUCAAAUGCGGGACCUGGAAGGUUACCGGGAAACCAGGUACCAGUUGUUGCAGUUGAGGCCAGCACAAAGGGCAUCUUGGAUUGGUUAUGCAAUUGCGUAUCAUUUGCUUGAAGACUAUGAGAUGGCUGCCAAAAUCCUGGAGGAAUUCCGUAAGACCCAGCAGACUUCUCCCGAUAAAGUCGAUUAUGAGUAUAGUGAGCUGCUGCUUUAUCAGAACCAGGUCCUCCGUGAAGCUGAGCUCUUUAAGGAGGCAUUGGAUCAUCUUUCUACAUAUGAAAAGCAGAUCUGUGAUAAGCUAGCAGUGGAAGAAACAAAAGGAGAAUUAUUGCUGCGUUUGGGUCGACUUGAGGAGGCAGCAGAUGUUUAUCGAGGUUUGCAGGAGAGGAGCCCUGAGAACUGGGCAUAUUAUAAGGGUUUAGAAAAUGCCCUGAGGCCAGCCACCAUGGAAGAGAGGCUGAAGAUUUAUGAGGACAGUUGGACGAAGUUUCCCAAAGGUUUGGUGUCAAGGAGACUGCCUUUAAACUUCUUAACAGGUGAAAAAUUUAGAGUGUGCUUGGAUAAAUUUUUGAGGAUGAACUUCAGCAAAGGGUGCCCUCCUGUUUUCAACACUUUGCGGUUGUUGUAUGGUGACAAGGAGAAGGUGGAGAUUAUUGAAAACCUUGUCGUAGGUUAUGAGACAUCACUAAAAAGUUGCCGACUGUUUAACAUCAAUGAUGAUGGCAAAGAAGAACCACCAACGACAUUGCUGUGGGUUCAGUACUACUUGGCACAGCACUAUGACAAGAUUGGUCUAUCGUCUUUAGCUCUGGAUUACAUUAAUGCAGCUAUUGAAAGCACACCAACGCUGAUCGAACUCUUCCUUGUGAAAGCUAAAAUAUACAAGCAUGCUGGUAACAUCAAAGAGGCUGUUCGGUGGAUGGAUGAAGCUCAAGCCCUGGACACAGCAGAUAGGUUUAUCAACUCAAAGUGUGCAAAGUACAUGUUGAAAGCCAACAUGAUAAAGGAUGCUGAGGAGAUGUGCUCGAAGUUUACAAGGGAAGGCACUUCAGCUGUAGAGAACCUGAAUGAAAUGCAGUGCAUGUGGUUCCAGACGGAGUGUGCUCAAGCAUAUAGAUCUAUGAACAAGUAUGGUGAAGCACUUAAAAAAUGCCAUGAAAUUGAGCGACAUUUUGUAGAGAUCACUGAUGACCAGUUUGACUUCCACACCUAUUGUAUGAGAAAAAUUACACUCAGGUCAUAUGUAGAUUUGCUAAAGUUAGAGGACGUACUCAGACAACACCCAUUUUACUUCAAAGCUGCCCGGAUCGCUAUAGAAAUUUACCUGAAACUUCAUGACAAUCCUUUAACGGAUGAGAAUAAGGAGCAUGAAGCAGACACAGCCAAUAUGUCUGACAAAGAGCUGAAGAAACUGCGCAAUAAGCAAAGGAGAGCUCAGAAAAAAGCUCAGCUCGAAGAAGAAAAGAAGAAUGCUGAGAAGGAGAAACAGCAGAGGAACCAGAAGAAGAAAAAGGAGGAUGACGAUGAAGAGAUUGGAGGCCCAAAGGAAGAGCUCAUUCCUGAAAAGCUAGCCAAGGUGGAAAAUCCAUUAGAAGAAGCUAUAAAAUUCUUAACACCACUAAAGAAUCUGGUUAAGAACAAAAUAGAAACCCAUCUAUAUGCCUUUGAAAUCUACUUCAGAAAAGAAAAAUUCCUUUUGAUGUUGCAAUCUGUGAAGAGGGCAUUUGCCAUAGAUUCUAACCAUCCUUGGCUUCACCAGUGUUUGGUCCGUUUUUUGUGUGCAGUAUCUGAGAGCAAAGAACUAAAUGAAUCCGUUAGAACAGUGUUAAAACAAGAAAUGAACAGACUCUUUGGUGAAACAAGUCCUGCAAAUUUUAACAAUGCUAUCCUGAAAGAGAACAAGGACUCAAUACCCCACCGGUUAUCAGCUGCCAAAAUGAUGUACUAUCUGGAUCCUUCUAGUCAAAAGCGAGCAGUAGAGCUAGCAGCAGCAUUGGAUGAAUCCCUCACUAACCGAAGUCUCCAAACCUGCACUGAGGUGCUGGAAGCCUUGCGUGAUGGCAGCUUAGGAGACAACAAAGAAGUUGCCGAGUCCUACAGAGUCAGCUGCCACAAGCUCUUCCCUUAUGCUUUAUCUUUCAUGCCACCUGGCUAUGAAGAGGACAUGAGUAUCACAAUUAACGGAGAUAGUUCAGCAGAACCUGACGAACUGGCGAAUGAAAUGUGAACGGCUGAUAUCGAACAGACAUUUGGACCAUAUCAACUAUCUAAUAUUUUUGUCACGCACCUGCUGUAUUCCUCUGUAACUUAUGUGGACAAUGAAAGGAGUAAAAGAAUCGUUGCCUUUAAAGAUUGUUUUACUUUUUUUAUAUCCUGCUGAAGAUUAAAAUAA